AACAUUGUCAGCGCACGAAUAUUAUAUUGAAAGCAGUACUUUGUAAGCUUGGAAGAAGCUUGUGAGAGAUGCCUCGCUUCAAAUUAAACCGCAUGAUUAUUUUGAUAAUUUUAGUAUGUACGUUGAUGAUAGGACAAAGUCAAAGUCAAAGCUUGUUUGUUUUAGGACAAUCAACCAUUCGACCAUUUGCUCCUUAUAGCGUAACCAUAACAAACACUAUGCAAAAAAAUAUACAACUUGAGCUGGUGUUGUACGGAUAUGACAUGAAUCAAACCAAAAAAAUUACACUUAAACGCGAGUCUGAACAAAAUAUUGCGUUCGAGCCACAAAACGUCUUGGGAGAUAGUUAUAAGUUGGUAGUAAGGAGUUUGAAUCCCACCUUUACUUUUAAAGAAGAAGUCGAACUUAUGCCUGAUACAAGGUUGUCUAUAUUCAUCCAAUUCGAUAAAUUAAUCUACAAACCUAGUGACAUGGUGAACUUCAGAGUGAUUGUGGUAGAUUUAAACACCAGACCUGUGGCUAAUCUUUCCUACAUUGAGGUUAGAAUAGAGGACUCUGAAGAUACUUCCAUACGUGAAUGGCAGUUUGCUGAACUGCAAAAUGGAUUGUUUGAGUCGUCCAUGCAAUUGCCUUCCUCGCCAAAUUUAGGUGUUUGGAAGCUUACUGUUAAAUCGCCGACGGUGACGAAGAUUAAAGAAUUUGAAGUCAAACAGUAUGAACCGCCCAAAUUUUGGAUUAGGGUGUUCCCAACAGAGGUACCAUUUAUGGAGAGUAAAUUUUUAAAUUUAACAGUGGAAUCUGCGUACACUUUUGGUAAACCAGUGACUGGAAUUCUUAAAGUUUAUUUGUAUCCGGAAAAAGAACAAAAAGAGUACGAUUACUUUGAGAGCAAAAGUUUUGAAGGGGUAUCCAUGAUUCAGUUUUUUCUUGGCGAAACAGACAUCUACGACGAGCAAGAUUUUCGAGAUGUGUUUGUAAAUGUUACUUUAACUGAGGCACACACAAAUACAACCUUAUCAAUUUGGAAACCUAUUCGUGUAUACAGGUUUGAAUAUGACAUCAAACUCAUUAAACCGGCGGCAGAUUUCCGUCCUGGGUUGCCUUUCCCAAUGAAAAUAUCCUUUAAAGAUCUCAAAGGACAUGCAGUUGGUAAUGGUCAAAUAAUAACAUGUCUAAUUCGUUAUUUUCAUGAUAACGAAGAGGAAACUUAUGAAGAAAGGAAUGAAACUAUCAACAACAAUGGAUUACUAUUGCUGUCAAACAUAAUACCUCCAGAAACGGCGAAAUCUUUAUCCGUUAGGCUCCGGUACCAAUCUACAGAAUUUGAAGAAGUAAUCGAUGGUGUAAUAUCAAAUAGUCAUCAUCACCUUCGCAUUAUCUUGCCGGAAAAAUAUAAUAGACUUUGUCCAAACAAAGAAGUUCAAUUUGAGAUACAUAGUAUAGAGCCAAUGGCAUUUAUAACAUAUGUGUUGGUAGCCAGAGGAGUCAUCGUAGAUUCGAAAUUAGUGAAAACUUUUAAUAGAAAAAAAUUCACCCUUACAUAUCAAUUGAAUCCAAUUUUGGCACCAAAGGCAGAAAUCAUCGUAUUUAAAAUCACGAAAGAAUAUAUUAUGUUCGACGCCGUGAAACUGAACUUUGAAAGUUUUGAAAAUAAUUUAAGUAUUUUUUUGGACAAGGAAUCGUAUGCCCCAGGACAAAAUUUGUAUAUUGAAGUUGAGGCCACUUCAGAUUCAUAUGUGGCGUUGCAAGCAAUUGACCAAAAUGCCUUUCCUUUAAAAGACGGAUGGAAUGAUUUGACUAAAGCAAAUAUCGUUAACGAAAUUAAGGGCGAAAAAUACGGAUUCGACUAUUUUCAGGAUUUAGGAUUGUUUUUGCGAUCAGCCUCACGUGUAGAGCUAGAAACUGUCAGACUCGUAAGAAAUGGACUUGGCUAUCAAAGUUCCGAAGAUAUUGUAUACCAGAGAACCUUCUUUCCGGAAUCAUGGUUGUGGCAAAACCUACAUAUGAAUGGCGAAACGCGAGCAAAAUUUUCGGUUCAGGUGCCAGAUACAAUAACUUCGUGGCGUAUCAUGGGAUUUGCUCUCAGCCCUACGACUGGACUAGGCAUCAUCAAUGAACACGUUACUUUUCAUGUGGAGAAAUCAUUUUUUAUUGUCGUGCAUCUACCAUUUUCUGUCAAGCGUGGUGAAGUCGCAAUCAUAAAUGUGAAGGUAUUCAAUUUGCUCGGCGAUACUGUGGUUACUGUAUCACUGCAUAAUAAGGAUGAUGAAAUUGAAUUUGUGGAGCAACUGCAAGAAGAACAAACACAUCUCUCCAAACAAGUUAGUGUUUCCGGAAAUGGUAACGGUCUAGUAUCAUUCUUGAUAAAAGCUAAAAAGAUUGGAGAAAUUGACCUGAAAUUUGAUGCCGUUAACAAUUUUCAACAAGAUUCGGUCGAGCACACAUUACAUGUUGAUCCUGAGAGCCAUUCAUUUGCAGUUUAUGAGGCAUGUUUUAUAGAACAUGCAAGCUUUGAACAAUCAUACAACAGUUUAUAUUUAUACAUACCAAGAAAACACAUCGACCGGUCUAUAAACAUAACAUUUAAUUUAACUCCUAUCACAUUCCCGUCGAAAAAUCUUAAUCGUUUUGCGAAGAAACAGGGAAAGGAAAAUAUUUAUAAUUUUGUGCCUUAUGCUGUUGCUUUGGAUUAUUAUUCAAAAAAAGGAAAUUAUCGUAAAAUUCAAAGGAAAAUUUUAGAUGCUUUAAAAGCAAGAAUCCAAAACCAAAUGAAGUAUAGGCAAGACGAUGGGUCUUUUGGGUUUGGUAAUUCUGUACACCUUAAUGAAAGCAGCAUUUUUGUCACAUCAUUGGUGGCUAAAUAUUUAAAGAUUGCUUCGAGUUAUGACAAUGAGCUGGUAAACAUUGAAAUUGUUGUGGCUGCCUUACGAUGGUUAGCAAAUAAACAGAGGGCUGAUGGAAGCUUUGUCGAGAUCGGAGAACAAAUUCACAAUGAGUCGCAUCAUUAUCGACCAUCAAGGUUUGCACUUACUGCGUAUGUGCUAGCUGUUUUUCUUGACACAGGAGAAAUGUCAUCACAGUAUUCUGCAAAUAUAGACUCAGCUGUUGAUUUUUUGGAGCAAAAUCUCGAAAACAUAAAAAAUCUGUAUGAUGUGGCAUUGGCCGCGUAUGCACUUUCUCUGAAGAAACAAAACAGUGGAAGAAAAUGUUUGGAUACACUUAUGGAUUAUUCUAUACGCGACAAAGGACAAAGGUAUUGGGAAAAGGAUACAUUUUCUACCCAGAUCGCAAGCUAUGUGAUACUAACAUAUAUUCAAUAUAAUAUGACGAUCAUGGCAAUGCCAAUUGUAGCUUGGCUGGCUGAGCAACAGCGUAUUGUAGGAGGUUUAAGCUCAAUUCAGGAUACUUUUAUUGAGCUCCAGGCCUUAUCUCAAUAUGCUUUGCAAACAUCGAUAAAUGAUUAUGUAUUAACAUUGUCGUGGGAUAAGAGACGACAUUUUAUUAACGUUACUAAGGUUGACACUGACAACAAAUUUAGAAAUCAAACUCACAAUUUAGUUGUCCCACCACAUGUCAGAAAAAUUGAUGUAGCAGUUGACGGUAUUGGAUACGGUUUAUAUGCGAUUUCCUAUGAAUACCGUAUGGAAAUGAAAGACGCAAAAAAAGGAUUUGAUUUAAAAAUAAUGUUGAUGGACAACAGCACAUAUUAUGUUCAUAAUUUUAAAGUCUGUACAAGACAUUUGAGGAAGAAUGAUCCUCCUAUAAUGCCAUACGUUGAAGUGUUCUUGCCAAGCGGUAUUUACGUAAAGGAUAAAAACGGGAUAACAGAUCUUGCAACUGAUAAUAAAAUACAGCGCAUUGAACUACAUUACCAAGGAACCAAUGUCCGUGUCUAUUACAACAGUUUGGGAGACUUACAGUCUUGUUUCCUGGUAAAGGCCGAGCGACGCUACGACGUGGCGAUACACAAACCGGUGCAUGUUUUAGUUUAUGAUAGCGCCAAUAAAGAUUCUUUUGCUAUUGAAACGUACGAAGGUUUUAUCAAUCAACCAUGUUAUAUCUGCCAAGAUGAGGAUUGUGACCAUGCUGCAUGUGAUGUAAACGAAUAAGCAACGAAGUACCGGAUUCGAGUGCGAUCCGGAACAGGACGGAGCAACAACAAAAAAAAAAGCUCAGAGGAAAUAAAAUUGAAGGCGACACUUCCGUCUCUGGCUGUGAAAAUUGUUGUCGCUCUGGUGGAGGCAAGGAAAAAAUAUAGUAUCAUAGUGGGGAAAUGUUUCACACCUUGUCGCGUCGUCGGUCGUGAUUUUUUAAACAAUUUAUUUAUACAACCACUUUCAUUGAUAUUCAUUUGCAGUGAGUUUUCUAGUUUCCGCUUUUAUUCUCCGACAGUUUGCAUGGUAUAUUCCCAUUUUGUCCUGAAAAACUUAAAAAAAUAUAAAUACCAUUCGUCUUUCACAUCAGCACGCGUUCACAACUAGGUUUGGUGUUGAGAAAUUAUUUUUUUUUUGUAAGAAAUUUUAAUGAUUUGCGUCUGUUUGUCUGUGUUAACUCCCUAAAGAUAUUUUUAAGUUGAAUAAAAAUUUAUUUAAGCAUAA